AUGUGUGCCCCCAAAAAAUUCUCCGAAGUCAAAGAUCAAUGCAUACAAAUGGAUCUCAUCCCAAUAUUUGUCCAAUACCAAGCCAAUCACGAUGCAGCAGGAGGUAUUCUCCUGUGUAACAAUCUUUUGAACAAGAAGCACCUGCCAAAUUGUCUGCCCAAGGAGAUGGUAAUCUUCUUGUAUAAGCGCACUACAUGGCUAAGAAACAGAUUUGCAGUUGAGGUCAAGAAGCAGUGCAUCGCUGAGACUAUGGUAUCUGAAGUCGAGAACAAUCUGUCAGAUGUCAUGCUGAAGAACAAGAAGAUGCAGCAGAAGUUGCUGCAAAAGGAAUCAGAGGAGGUCCAGCUCGAGUUUGAAAGGCUGUCAAACGAGGACAUGAAGGAGAAGAAGACACCAUUGGAGGAGGAAAGUCCAGAGGCUGUCAAAAAGUUGCUCAAGCAGAUGAAGGUCCUCUUCAGGGAGAUUAUAAAGCUGCUAAAGGUGCCAGGUGAAUUUAAUCCUGAGUUGUACUUUCUCACCAUUGGAGCGAAUGCAGACAACCAGUCCUGGUCCAAUUUCCAUGAGAAUUACCAAGAGCACAUGACUGAAUUGUUUGCCAAGUUCCUGGCUUCAGCAUUCCCAGUUGAUGCUGUUGGACCAAAUGAGAUGGAAGAACUGAAUUAUAAAGGAGAUGAAGAGAACAUGGCUCAUUGUGCAUCUAGUGUUCUUUCAUCUUUAGCAGGUGAACUGAAAAACAUCUCGGCGAAAACAGGAAAUUCACAAAACCAUAACAAUGGGGAAAAAUCCUCUAUUGACAUUGCAAGCCCAGCCAGCACCUCGCCUACUAGCCCUUCACCAGACUUCAAUAUGGAUGCACCACAUACUGAAGAUAUCGACCCUGAAGUCACCACAUCAGCUGUGUCUCAUCCUUAUUCAGAUGAUCAAAACCAGUCCCUGAACCCAUCACUGUCACUUUUGCAGCAGAAUCCAUUGUUGAACCCAUCACUGUUGCAGCAGGACUCUGUGCCUGCAUGCACCACUCCUCAGUCAUCCUUCCCUCAGCUGACUCUUCAUCUGUUGUCUUCACCUGUUCUGAUUAAUGGGGUCGUUCCUCAUCCCCUAUGUGUGGAGAUGGGUGGAGGGGAGUUGAUUAAUGCUGGAACGGAUGAAGCUGCCUGCAACAAAAGGGCUACCGAGGCAACAGGUGCCACAGCCCAUGAGGGUGAAAGAAGUCAAGGCAAUGACAAGGGGAGGGGAAAGGUGUCAGGUGGAGAUGCGAUGGACAGUGCUGAUGUCAUUGAUGAUGAGGACUCCAGUACCACAACCAAAGAGAAUCACUGCCCUUCUCAAGGACGUAAACCUCCUCAAUCAUUGUCCAUGUCCAGAUGGCUUGAAGAGGCUGAUGCUGUUCUAAGAUCAUGUGAUCUCAGUAAGGAGUAUACGCAAUGUGUUGAUAAAUGGUAUAAGUUUGAAUUGUGUGUCUCGUUUGUUGAGGGUAGAUUUGAUUCACUGAACCAACCUUUGGCACUGUCGAAAUCCUUGAACAAGAAACUUUCUGCAGUACUUCCAGUUUUGUCAUGCACAGAUCAAAAAGCACUUAUCAAUGAUACUAUUACUUGGUGGAACACUCUACAAAACAAGUCAAGGCAAUCAGCAGUCACUGGUGAACUUUCUAGAGCAGAUUAUACAGGCAACAUGUUAAAAUUGAAGAAGAAAGGCAAACAGGCGAUGCUAGAGGGAACAAGCACCAUGGAGGUGGCAGGAAAAAAGUGA